UACGUUAUGUCAGGCGGCUGCCGAGCAUUUUCCUUUUCUCUCUGAGCAAGAUGGCUGGGGGUGAGGUUGGAGUGACUCUGGGGCAGCCACAUCUUUCCCGACAGGAUCUCGCCACAUUGGAUGUUACCAAGUUGACACCACUUUCACACGAAGUUAUCAGCAGACAAGCUACAAUUAAUAUUGGUACAAUUGGUCAUGUAGCUCAUGGGAAGUCAACUGUGGUGAAGGCUAUUUCUGGAGUUCACACUGUCAGAUUCAAAAAUGAGCUAGAAAGAAACAUUACCAUAAAGCUUGGAUAUGCUAAUGCUAAGAUUUAUAAACUUGAUGACCCAAGUUGUCCCAGACCAGAAUGUUAUAGAUCAUGUGGGAGUAGUACACCAGACGAGUUUCCUACAGACAUUCCAGGGACCAAAGGGAACUUCAAAUUAGUCAGGCAUGUUUCCUUUGUUGACUGUCCUGGCCAUGAUAUUUUGAUGGCUACGAUGCUGAACGGUGCAGCAGUGAUGGACGCAGCUCUUCUGUUGAUAGCUGGUAAUGAAUCAUGCCCUCAGCCCCAGACUUCCGAACACCUGGCUGCCAUAGAAAUCAUGAAACUCAAGCAUAUUUUGAUCUUACAGAAUAAAAUUGAUCUGGUAAAAGAAAGUCAGGCUAAGGAGCAAUAUGAGCAAAUUCUCGCAUUUGUGCAAGGAACAGUAGCAGAAGGGGCGCCAAUUAUUCCAAUUUCUGCUCAGCUGAAGUACAAUAUUGAAGUCGUCUGUGAGUACAUAGUGAAGAAAAUACCAGUGCCCCCAAGAGACUUCACUUCAGAGCCUCGUCUCAUUGUUAUCAGGUCAUUUGAUGUCAACAAACCUGGCUGUGAAGUCGAUGACCUUAAGGGGGGUGUAGCUGGUGGUAGUAUUCUAAAAGGAGUAUUGAAGGUAGGCCAGGAGAUAGAAGUCAGACCUGGUAUUGUCUCCAAAGACAGUGAAGGAAAACUCAUGUGUAAACCAAUCUUUUCCAAAAUUGUGUCACUUUUUGCCGAACAUAAUGAUCUUCAGUAUGCUGCCCCAGGUGGUCUCAUUGGAGUUGGAACAAAGAUCGAUCCCACUUUGUGCAGAGCUGACAGAAUGGUGGGACAAGUGCUUGGUGCAGUUGGAGCUUUACCUGAAAUAUUCACAGAACUGGAAAUUUCCUAUUUCCUGCUUAGACGUCUUCUGGGUGUACGUACUGAAGGAGACAAGAAAGCAGCAAAGGUCCAAAAGCUGUCUAAGAAUGAAGUGCUUAUGGUCAACAUAGGAUCCCUGUCAACAGGGGGAAGAGUUAGUGCUGUCAAGGCUGAUUUGGGCAAGAUUGUUUUGACCAAUCCUGUGUGCACAGAAGUAGGAGAAAAAAUUGCCCUUAGCAGAAGAGUUGAGAAACAUUGGCGUUUAAUUGGUUGGGGUCAGAUAAGAAGAGGAGUGACCAUUAAGCCGACUGUAGAUGAUGACUGAAGACUUCAAGUUAAACAAUGCCUUGGGAUGGAGUCGGAAUUUCUUUUAAUAGCCUAGGGGUAUAUUUUCAAAGCAAUACUAGAGAGAAUUCAUUUCAUAGCUCAUUACCUUACUAAUAGCUAUAAGUUUAUCUUAUAUUUUGGUGAUGAAAAUGUAACCUCUACUUUUUUUUUUUUUUUUUUUUUGAUUCCUUGUUUUACAUCAUGUAGCCUAAUCCCAGUCAUCCCCUCAUAUCCGACCUUUGCCCUCACAACCUCCCACAAAAUGAAUAACACACAAACAACAAUAACAAGACAAAGCAUAGAAAACAAGUCAUCGUGGAAGCUGUAGCUUCUGUGACAACACCAGUGUUGGAUCCUCGUUAGGACUCCCUCUAGUUACCCUGUUGCUGUGCUGUAUCGUGGAGAUCCUGCAACUUUAGAACAGCAGGGCUGGCCAUUUCAUGAUCCCAACCAUUAGAAGAUGAUAGUGAUUUUGGGGUAGGUCAAUUCAGAGCCCUGGAUCUGGACCAGGGUAGUAGCUGAGCUGGGCCAGCUCUCCUAGUGUGCCUUUACCAUCAGGGCCAGCUUCACUGUGUGCCCAGGUGAGGUGCAGGGAUGCUCAUGCCCUUAAGGCCAGCUCUCCCUAGAAGGUGGCAAUGAGGGAGGGCAUCCUAUCCACACUGCCUCAUAACAGACAAGUGACAGGGCCAGCUGUCCAGAGUGCUGUAUCCAAUGAGGGGUGGGGCCAAAUCUGCAUAGCCUAGACAUCCCAGUAUUCUCUGGUGAUAAUAAUGAACCAUGGACACUGACCCGCCACUGUGGAGCCACAGACUCAAACAUGGUCCCAAUGGCAGGGAUGUCCACUCAUAACAGGCUACUUCUCUCCACUCUACAGCCUUCAAUUCCUUUUUUCUCUCCCAUCUGUCAUGGUGACAAGCAGGUAUCUAUGGCCAUGUACUGGAGGGCAGGUCUAUGGGUGGCAUGGAGGUCUACAAGACCUUGUAUUUCUCUUCCCAUGCUGCGCUGCCUUGAUUUAAUUUGAUUUUUAUAAGCCCUUGGCAUAAGAUGAGUUUUGGCCAUCAGCUAGGAUGAACAAAGGACUGCCAUCUCCUCUGCCCCUGAUAUCGAACAAUACCACCACAAGGUGUUUCUUUGCCCAUUGCUAGGGCUGUAACCUACUUGUAAUAUGGGGCCUAAAAGUAAAUGUGAAGAGUGGUAUACUAUAUAAUACGUUGGAUCAAAUCUACAUUUUAGCAAAAGUAAAACAUUCCCAAAAUCAUGUCUAAUUUAUCAAUCAAUGAAAGUUUGAAGUGAAACCUUGCUGCAACCAGCCUUUAGUAUAGCACGUGUAUCAUGAACUUACCUAAAUUGAAAUGAUCUCAUGGUUCAUCUGUGAGUAGCUCCAUAGUGUGAAGGGCAAUUAGUAAAAGAUAAAGACCUACCCCUUUAUUUGUCCUUCUAUUUGUGAUUCUGUUGUCUGAAAUUUGAAGGAAGACAACCAAUGGGCUCAAAUGAACACCGCUCUUAAGAAAUUGCAUGCCCAUACCCUUAACACAGAUGGAUCUUUAUUAUUCAUUUCCUGGAUGGGACCUUAGGAAUCAAGUACCAGAGUUCUUACUCUUCCAGUGCCCUGAGACUACGUCUUUAUUAUUUAUGUCUAAAAUCUCACUCUUCCCUCAGUGGCAAAGAGUAUAACAAUGGGUGAUUAGUGAUAAUUGACAAGGUUCUGUCCAGGUUGCUUUUUUGAGGUCUUUGUUUUAGUAAGCUAUGGAUGAAACAGUCUCUUGCAUGAUGAAUAAACACUCUACCAUUGGCUCCACUGCCCCUAGCAGUAGUACCUUUCCUUAGUUGAUAGGAUUAUGGCGGAAAUUGUGCUAUGGGUAAUCUUUGAGCCUUGAAAGAGGUAAAAAUUGUUCAAAAACUGUGUCCUUUGGUUUCUAAAUCUAUUCCCCACGUGUCUGCAAUUUUCUUGUACUGUGCUUUUUAAAUCAUGUUUUUGCUUAGAUACUCUUACAGCAAUGAUUUCCAACUCUGGCUGACGUAAGAAUUGUUGGGGAAGUUUCAAGGAGGGGAAAAGAGCCCUGGGGUGGAGUCCAGGCUUCAGUAGUUUUUAAAACUUGCCGGUGUUGAGAAAGAAGUAAGUUUAGAAAUGUGCAUCCCAAAUAAUGACGUCACUGAUUUUUGGUUCUUUCGGUUGCUUUUCUUUUGAUUUACGUACAAAUGGGAUUUAGUGCCACAGUUACUAUGCUGUGCUCUUUUGGAUAUUGCAGCUGCCUUAGAGAGGUUUAGAACUGCAGCUUUGAGUCUUGUGUUUGAGGAAAUCUAUGGACAUUAUGUAUUUUACUCUGAAAGGUUGUAUUGUAGCAUGAAGAAAACAAAUAAAACAAGGUUCUGAAUCAAGUGUUAAUUUA